UUUCCAGUUUUUUUUCAGCGGAAUUAUUCAGAACGAUUUACACAACGAUGCUUAGAUGAACAUUUGGAAGAACAUAAAUUAUUGUUUUCAUCGAAUAUUGAUUACAUUUUCGCAUUUUCAUUUGUUAUUUCGCGUUAUUUAUUUCAUCCCAUUUAAAAGAUUUUACAAUCAAAUCGUUUUUUCAAAUUUCGUUAUCGAGUAUUUGGCCAUACUGUAACAUGCGCCCCAAUAUUUACACAUAUGUUGAUAUCCGAAACGAGUGAAGACGCCAAAGAGUAACUUAAACUAAUAUACAGUGUAUAUAUGCAUACACACACACACUCAUACACCCAAAGUAAAAUAGUAAGUAACAAAAAAAAAACUCACCCAAUCGAUCUAUCUGAUCACAACACAGUAUGCAAAAAAAGAGACGUUUUAAAAUUCGAGAGAUAAUUAGUGCUUCAGCAACGCCAAAAUGAACAUAAUAACAAAGACGACCGCCGCGGCACGUCCAGUAUCACUAGAGCAGAUAGCCGAAGUAGCAAUGGCAAUCAGCGCACGAAAACGCCUCAGAUUUAUUCAUAAUUGGUGGUGUCACAAUUGUUGCACAUCAUCACCAUCAACAUCGUUUACAUCGUCGACAUUGUCAUUGUCUUCGAAAACAAUACCAAAAAAAAAUAGUAGUUACCACAGCAUCACUAAUCAAACAAAACAUAAUAAUAAUCAUUUAAGCGAUCGCAUGGAUAAUCGACUUCAAUUCAUUGCGUUUGCACUAAUUUGGAUGGUAUUGUUUGUGCAUUGCCCAACAUUUGUCACGGCUGCAGCAAAAAAUUCCGUUCGAUCAAUUGCCAAUAAUGAUGGGCACGAUCCUUAUCGAUUGCAUAGCAAUUGGUUUGAUUUUCAACGACACUCACUCAAUCAACGUUCACAACAACCACCCAAAUCACAAUCACAAGAUAUUGGCAACAUUUUCACACAACUCGGACUAUUCAUUCAAUCACGUCAACGCAAUGCCACCGAAAUAGCCGGAAAUAUCUUUUUCAAAUACUAUAAUACCGAAGGCGAAUUGAUCCACGAGUCAAAUUUCAGCAAGCCUCAAGAUCUGUAUGUAGCGCAAUGCCAUCCGACUGCGUCUCAAAAAUUUGCAAUUUUAAUGCAUGGUUGGCGUGAAUCAUGCAAUACACCAUGGAUGAAGCAGUUAAUUAAAAAAUUGGGUACAUAUCGCGGAGGAUGCAUCAUAUGCAUGGAUUUUGGUCGAUAUGCAGCUGAGAGUUAUGUACGGCUUGUGCGUGUAUUUGACCCAAUUGCACAGAUUUUAACGCUUCAACUGUAUUUACUGGAUUACAUGGGUUUCGAUAUGAACAAUGGCUAUUUGUUUGGAUUCAGCUAUGGCGGACAAUUGGCUACAGAAGCUGGUCGACGAUUUGGACAUAAGCGUCUCAAAGAAAUCGAUACAUGCGACAUGGCCGGCCCCGGUUUUGAUCAUAGAUCCAAUCAACCGAAUCAUAAAGAUGCUGCACAAAAUGUGCAGUGCAUACAUACGAGCCGUGACAAAGGUACGCGAUUCUACAAUUGUCAUCAGGAUUGGCGCCUAGGUAAUUGUGGUCUUACACAAGUUGCAUCCAAUAGCCCACCACUGGGUUCGCAUGGACUGUGUCCAUACAUGUAUGUAAAUUCUUUUGAUCAUGAAUUUUACGCUAUUGAAAAACCAAACGAUUGUAUAUCGAAGCGAAUGGCAACAUUUUGGCCAAAGAAUUUUAAAAUGGGAUAUAUGGAAGAUCGUAAAUGGCAAGUGGCUGGCGAGCUAUUUGCGCAAACGAGCCGCUUUCAUCCGUUUAAUAUAGUUGGCAACAGUACGGAAACGAAUAGUAUAACGAAAGAGGUGUUUCAACGUGAUGUAUCGUUAUCGGUGCCCGAACGUGACGUAUCUUCAUCGGUUUCCAGUAGCAAUGCAUUACAGAGACUCAAAGAGCGAAUUUUAAAAUAUAUAUUUCAGGAUCAUAUAUUUGAUUAGAAAAUAGAAUUUUUCCUGGCGACAAAAAGGACGAAUUCGAGGUCGUGGGCAGAAGGAGUGGUAAAGAAUAAUAAAAAAAUGAGCAAAAAACGAGUGAAUAAUUGCUGUAUUGUUUUUUAUAUGUGAACUGCACAUAUCGUUUUCUUGUUAUUGUUUGCUGUUGGUAUGAAGAUGAACCAAUUGCAAGAAAUUGUUUUUUUUUUCGUUGUUGAACCACACCGUUUUAGAAAAUAAGUUUUAUUGUUUUUUUUUUUACAAGCAAAAAAUGAUUGUUGUUGUUACCU